AUGUCUCUUCAGCCUCUUAUCCUCCACGGCCAUUCCGCCGGCCCCAACCCCUGGAAGGUGGCCAUGCUCCUCAACGAACUCAAUGUUCCUUACGAAUACAAGUAUCUCCAAUUCGCAGAAAUCAAGGGUGAGGCCUUCUUCAAGCUCAACCCCAACGGCCGUGUUCCCGCCAUCGAGGAUCCCAACACAGGAAUCACCAUGUGGGAGUCGGGUGCUAUCCUCGAAUAUCUGAUAGAAACCUACGACAAAGAGAAGAAGUUCAGCUUCGAAGCCGGCACUCCGGAAUACUUCCAUGCCAAGCAAUGGCUCCACUUCCAGAUGUCGGGCCAGGGUCCAUACUUCGGCCAGGCAGUGUGGUUCACUAAUUACCACCCCGAGAAGAUCGAAAGCGCCCGGCUGCGCUAUGUCAACGAAAUCCGUCGUGUGUCGGAAACGAUGAACAAUGUUCUUGCGGACCGUGAGUAUCUGGUCGGCGACAAGUACAGCUAUGCCGACCUCUCCUUCGUUCCUUGGUUCGGCAUCAUCCCCUGGAUCACCGGAGAUGCAUUUGAUCUGGAGAAGGACUUUCCUCAUCUGAAUGCCUGGCUGGAGAGAAUCAAGCUAGGCCUGCCAUUGCCAAAGCGUUGGUAG